CGGGGACGCGGUGCGGCCCAAGGAGCGGGGAGAACGCGCGGGCGGAGGGCGCGUGGAGACGAGCGCGCACGCAGACGCGCGCGGAGCCGCCCGGGGCGAGGCGGGAGCGGGGUCGUCACGUUCCGGCGCGCGGCCGGGCUACUCUCUCCAGUGGAGCGGGAUAGGCGCUUCCCGUGGAGGGGGUUCGGCCGCUGGGCUUGCGGCCCCGCGGGGCCCGGCCGCCCACGCCGCGCGGGGGACGUGGCCCCACCUGACGCCCGCCCCGGGCAGUGGUCGCGCGGCUCGCAGCGCGCCACCCUCAGACGCGCGCGGCUCCCGGCGAAUGCGGCGAGCAUCCUUCCUCCGCCGCUCUUCCCUCCGGGCCUAGUCGCCGCGGCUCCUCAGCCAUGAGCCCCGAGCCGGUCCCGCCGCCGCCCCCGCCCCCGUGUCGCGGCGGCGACUGCGGGGAGCCGUUCGCCCAGCGGGCGGAGAAGGGCGACGAGGCCUUCCGCGCGGGCGAGUACGAGACGGCGGCCGAGCUCUUCCGCUCGGCGCUGGCCGGCCUGGCGCAGCCCGACCGCGGCCUGUGCCUGCGGCUGGGGGACACGCUGGCCCGCGCGGGCCGCCUCCCCGAGGCCCUGGGCGCGUUCCGUGGCGCCGCGCGGCUCGGGGCGCUGCGGCCCGACGAGCUGGGGGAGCUGGCAGCCGGCCUGGCGCGCGCUCUGGGCCCGCACGAGCGGCGGCCGCCGGCCGGGAAGGCGGGCCGCGCCCCCGAGGAGGCGCCGAGCCGGGGGCCGUCGGCCUCGGCGCCCUCCGCGCCCCGCGACUUGCUCGGCUGCCCGCGCUGCCAGCGGCUGCUGCACAAGCCGGUGACGCUGCCGUGCGGGCUCACGGUGUGCAAGCGCUGCGCGGAGCCGGGGCGGCCGCCCGCGCGCCGGGUCAACGUGGUGCUGAGCGGCCUGCUGGAGAAGUGCUUCCCGGCCGAGUGCCGCUCGCGCAGGCUGGCCGGCCAGGCGCGGAGCCUGCAGCGCCAGCAACAGCCGGAGGCCGCGCUGCUCCGGUGCCACCAGGCCCUGGACCUGGCUCCUGGUGAUAAUUCUUUGUUGCUGCUGCGAGCAGAGUUAUAUUUAACCGUGAGGAACUAUGAGCAGGCUCUGCAGGAUGCCAGUGCUGUUUGUCAGAAUGAACCUCUCCUGCCUAAGGGACAUCAUGUGAAAGCUCUGGCUCUUUCUGGACUGGGAAGAAGUAAGGAAGUUUUGAAGGAAUUUCUCUACUGCCUCGCUUUAAAUCCCGAGAGUAACCCAGUGAAGAAAGAAGCACAAAAGGUAAUGUGUGAGGUGUUUUUCCCAGCUUCAGAAAACGUGCCUCAAAAUUUAACAUCUUCCAUCCAAAGCAGAAUGUUGAAUGCCAGGUUAAAGGCUCUGUGUCACAGCCAUGUCACCCAGUCUCCUCUGGAGGAAGGUGGUAAUGCAGGGAGUUCUCAGAAUCCAUCUGAGAAACCUGAUGUGUUUAGAAAUACCAGUUCUUCAGUUUUAUAUUUUGUAUUGGGUCUGCACUGCGAAGAGGAUAAGGCAGUGCUAGAAAGCAUCCUUCCAGGCGCUCCCAGCACUGGUUUAAAGAGACAGUUUCCGAAUGACUUGGAGGAUUCACACGACCUGACCGCCCCUGGGAAAGUUCCCAGGACAGAGGCAGAGUCCUCCCCUCAGAGGAACGUGAGCUCUGACAUGGGGGAGAGCGCAGAGCUCCCCAUAGAUGCGGCUGACUUCGAGUGUGCCCUGUGCAUGAGGUUGCUCUUUGAGCCUGUCACGACACCAUGUGGACACACGUUCUGCCUGAAAUGCCUUGAGCGCUGCCUGGACCACGCCCCCCACUGUCCUUUGUGCAAAGAAAAGCUCUCAGAAUUGUUGGCCAGCAGAAAUUUUAACGUAACUACCCUGGCCGAAGAAUUAAUAGUUCGGUAUUUGUCAGAUGAACUGUCUGACAGGAAGAGAAUCUAUGACGAGGAGAUGACGGAGCUGUCAAAUCUGACCAGAGACGUCCCCAUCUUCGUGUGUGCCAUGGCCUUCCCCACCGUCCCCUGCCCCCUGCACGUCUUUGAGCCCCGCUACCGGCUUAUGAUAAGAAGGUGCAUGGAAACCGGCACCAGGCGGUUCGGCAUGUGCUUGUCUGCUGAGCACGCGGGGAUUUCGGAGUAUGGUUGUAUGCUGGAGAUAAAGGACGUCAGAACGUUUCCUGAUGGGAGUUCGGUCGUGGAUGCCGUUGGGAUUAGCCGGUUCCGAGUUUUAAGCCACCGUCACAGAGAUGGCUACAACACAGCGGACAUUGAGUAUCUUGAGGAUGAGAAGGUGGAAGGUUCUGAGUAUGAAGAACUCACCACGCUGCAUGACUCAGUUUAUCAGCAGUCCGUGUCCUGGUUUACUUCACUUCAGGACCACAUGAAAGAACAAAUUCUAAGCCAUUUUGGGUUAAUGCCAGACAGGGAAUUGGAGCCUCAGAGCAAUCCUAGCGGUCCUGCUUGGUCCUGGUGGAUCCUGGCGGUGCUUCCGCUGGAGAGGAAGGCUCAGCUGGCCAUCCUGGGCAUGGUCUCGCUCAAGGACCGUCUGCUCGCCAUUCGGCGAAUAUUAGUCAUCAUCACGCGUAAGAUGAAUAGUCGGCAGGAGCUGGUUACCAGCAGGGAGAGAAAUAACUGACUUUCUCUGUGAGGGUUUCUGGAAGCUGUUGCAUUUUUAUGAGGAGUGCCAGGCAGGGAGGAGUAGCCUCCAUCCGUCCUGCUCUGUAAAAUGCACAUGGUUAGGGCCACAGAAUGGAACACUUAGCAGACACUGACUCCUACUCAAAAGGUAAAAGUCUGCCUGCUGGACUCUGACUCUGUACAAGGUUAGCCUGAAAUUUGAAGGGAGCCUGUGGUUGGCAGACAACCCAAGAAAAUCUCUUUGAAACAGAUGCUUCUGGUGUGCAGUUCACUGAUAACAGGGGACAACCAGGAUGGGAGACAAGUGCUUUAGGUUUUGCACGAAAGAAGACUCGUUCCUAGUAAAGUGUCUUGCGGCUCUGGAUGGGGACAGCAUGCUUUGGUGGGUGGAUGGUAAGAGGGAAAUCACAUUUUUAUCUGAAAGCAUAUUUCUCAGAGGACAGGCUAAUCGAAAAUGUGCUUGGGUUUUGUGUGUCACUGUGACGUUGUCUGUAAAGUUGUCCAGUGCAGGGGCCGACGUUAGUCCUUCCCCGAGAGUAGCAUGGAACCGGACAGAGCUGUGUUUUGUGGCCUGCAGUAGCUCAGAUGUAAAUUGCAUGUUGUAAUCAAAUGAAUAUCAAAUACAAGAAGGUGUAUCUUGGAUAUAGAAAAAUCUGAAGACGGUAUAGUUGACUGGAGGAUAUAUAUUUACACACACGCAGUGAAGAAUCGAUAAAGGGAGCUAAGCCUGUAUGUGCGUUGAGGUGUUAAGAACGCAGCCGGAAUAGUGCAAAGGGUCCCUUGAAAAUGUAACCCUGUCUCAUUAAUUCAGUGGAUGUGAAGCAUUUAGGAAACCGUCAUCUUUCUACACAGACGCACAUUAGAAAUUAGGCCCAUCAGUAAAUUUGAGGUCACCGUCCAGCCACUGAUACAUGAAGACAUUGAAAAGCUGCUUGAAGUGGGUUAUCUGUUUAUGCCAGGAAAACAUACUGGGAGAAUAUUCAGGGAGAAGGAGACGGGGAUGGGAUGUAAGUGUUUAACCAGCUUUUCUCCAACAUCAACCUAAAGAUUAUCUUUGUUUUUGUUUUGAAAAGGAGUUUUAUGAUGAUCAGACUGGGAGUUAUCUAUUAAAAAACCAGUGUGUGCAGUGGUCCCUGUGGGGCAUAUUGGUGGUAUUGAUUGGGAAAACCAUUGGAACCCGAGGUAGUAAGUCGUUCUCGGUGGCCUAACCUAACCAGCUGGUGCAUUUAGUUGGCUGCUUGGUCUGUGAGACGGAUGUUCUUCACCAAGAGAUGGUGAGAACCAGCCUAGAGAAUGAAUCACAGCUUUGAGUUUUGCUCCAUUCAUUCCAGGUGUGUGAUGUUUGAGGUUUAAGAACUGUAUUUAAUGAUACCAGAUGUUGGUGGUUUAUCAGCCCAUCAAGCAUUUAAUUAGAAAGACUUUAUCAUCGCACUUGUUUUUCAUUGUAGGAGUUUUCAGCAGCUGAACUCAGUACCGUCAUGGGCGUGAGCAAACACUGUUCUUGUCUAACUUAGUCAUAAACAGAAAAUGUGAAAGUAUUUUGCAAUCAGAUGCUUCCAGCGCCUCACAGAGUGCUCAGCUGUAGUCAGGCCUGUGUCCUCCUCACCGGUUAUCUGCCGUUUUAUCAAUCCUUGAAUCUUGCGAGAUAAUCCACGUACAAAGAGGGCAGCUGGAGCAGGCUGACUGGCCUCGUGUACUGUAUGGAGCCCCAGGUACCAUAAGAAGAGCUUCCAAAUGGGCUGCAAAGUCUGCCACAGAUUCAUCUUUGUCCACAUGACUGUGUGAUAGAUGAAAUCAGUGAGGGAGGAAAGACUAGGGAUGGCUUGGGAAAGAUCGGUUCCUGUUUAGUGAGCCCGUUGGUGGAAUAUCAUCCUUGGGGUUUUGCCAUUUGUUUCUUGCAUCCGUCUGGGGCUCCCCCAGGUCCUACCAGCACGUGUACAAGCUGUCGAAGACCCGGCAGCCCAGGGUCACAGGCCCAGAUGAAGGACUAAGUUCUUCCAAAAAAAACAACCUUGGGGAUUCCUCCCCAGGUUUAGAAAAUUCUUUUACCGCUCUUAGUUCAGUCUUUGCCCAAGGGGUGAAGGACACCUGAGGAGCUCCGUCCGCAACCUUGGGUAGUUAUAUGUUAAGUGCCAUUUGUCUGAGAGUCUCUUUGGAGUGGAAAGGCAUCUCAGACGGAGCAUUAGGCAAAUGUGAGCGCUCAGGUGAAAAGGGGUCGGGGGUGGGGCAGUGAGAGUCACAGCCGUCGUCACGUCUGUCCUGUCAUUGUUUUUAGGCACCUUUUUUGUCCUUAGCCUUUAAUUUUUCUUUAUCCUUUUGUAACAAGUCUUUUAAUGAAGCUGUUUUGGAAUCUUGAAAUGUUCUGUAAGCUCCUGCUACCGAUUAAAAUCAGCGUCUCAUUCUGUCAGUCCAGUUUGGGGUCCUUCGCUCUCUAGUGUAUUUCUUUUUUUUUUUUUAAUUUUUUUUUUUUUUUUUUUUUUUUGUUACAAAGGCGUUUAGUUUGUUCUCCUCAUCAGCAUCACUGAUAUUCUCAUGGUUCACAUUUCCCAGUACGGCUCCUCUUCUUACAGUAGUUAAUGUGCUCUCUCACUUAGGGCCCGGGGAGGGGGGCUCGGCCCAGGGCAGGGAGGGCGGGCCAUCUGUCCUGCGUGGAAGAGGUGCGGGUGAAUGGGCGGCCGGGGGAGGCGGAGGGGCCCCCCCCACAGUCGUUUUUGCUUUGGUCAGUGAUCCUCCACUUAUGCUCCUUCCUGGCUGCCCGGGGCGGGGGUCCACGCAGCUCAGGGUUGGGCAGGGUGGGGAAGGGGGAAAGAAAAGCAGCAGGCGGCCAAGGAGCAGGGAGGGCAGGGUGGGGGGGGGGUGCAGGGGUGGCCCCUGGGGUAAGGCACAACCCUGUCUUUGGCUCUCCUGGUGAGGAGUUUCCUCCCCUGCACCCCUGCCCAGCUCCUCUCUCCACCCCUCACCCCCCCCCCGACCCCUCUACACACAGUCCCGGGGCACCUCCUGGGGUUCCUGAAAUGAGAGGGCUCUGCCACCCACCCAGUGCUGCAGGAGCUUGGAGAAGGAAUAGGGGCGAGCCCCACCCGAGGACAAGGCAGGGAGGGGCUGGGCAGGGGCCUGCCUAUGGCAAGGGGGUUGGGAGGGAGAAGACCCCAGUCCCAGAGAGCUGGCCCCCGCUAAGGCCUGGAAAGAGGGGAGCGCCUGGGGACUCCUGCUUCCUUUUGGGGUCUGGCUGGUGCCCUAGCCCACCCCUGGGCGUCAGUUGUCCCGGCGGCUUGCCAAGUGACCCAGGAUAUUGUGCUUUGGGAUUGAUGCUGGGGUGGGGUGUCUAGGCCAGGAUGAAGGGCAGGGGAGGUGCGACUAAGGUGCUUGUGCUUUUGCUGGGGGUGUCCACUCCCCCCACACACUCGGGCCGGCUGAGGGGUAGGUGCCGGGGCCAGGAAAGCAGAGUGAUACUCGCCACCCUUGCAACAAGUAGAUGUCAGGAAGGACCCCCUACCUGCAGGCUGGCAAGGGCUCCUGGGUAAGGGGGAAGGCCUCCAAGUCAGAUUCAAAGGUCCAGCUGGCACCUACUCCACCUCCCAUAAUCCCCCUGCCUCUAGAAAGAGAGAGAGAGGCUGCUGGGAGCAGUGGGCUGGUCAGACUAGGGAGGAGACAGAAGACAAGGGCCAGAGACAAAAAUGUGAAAUUGCUAAGAAAUGACGCCCUGUGUGUGUUGGGGGGCUGGGGGCGGGGAGGUAAAAAACAGAAUCCUUUGAGUUCACAAAUAAAACUCAAAAAAACAAAACCACUCGUGGAGCUGGAAGAGGCUAGGAAGAGAGGAAUGGUAAAAGAAAAAAAUUCCGCAAUCGCUAACAAUGGAAGUGGGCUUGGCCCUGCCAGGAACUGGGCUCAGCCAACUGACCAAAACCAGGGAUGCCCUUCCAGUGUAGCUCCGUGGGGGACGCAUCAGGGGUGAGGGGGAGCUGGCCAGACCCACAGGAGCCCAGGCAGAGCGGGGGUUGGGACCCCACCUUGGAAACGCAAGCCCACACCCCAUAUGCACGCGCCUGUCCCCGGCCCCCUACCCCAGGGACCGAAGGGAACAUCAGAUACGGUCCUGUUGGUUUCCAAAAUAAAAGGAAUCUUAUACUUCACUAUUUCAU